ACGAAACUGAAGCUUUUCGGAUCUUACGAAGUACUAGUUCCUAAACUGUAAAACCACACUAAAAUCAAUUUCGUCGGGUGCUCUCUCAUCUAGCGCACUUACACUCUCUCUCUCCUCCUAUCUCCGGCGAACCAUACAUAAUUAGGGUUAGGGUUUCUAACCUUCACCAAACUCUCCAAUGAUGGAAAGACAUCGAGGUGACCGUGAUCGUGACCGCGAUGAAGACCGAGAUUACCGUGACCGUAACAACCGUGACCGCAAUUUCAAUCUCCAGCAACGUCGACCUUCUCGAUUCUCCGAUGCUCCUCCGCUCGACGACCACCGUAGUCCUUCAAAUCAGCGCGGCGGCUUCUCCGAAAGCCGCCGCGCUUUCGAUAGCCCGCCGAACCAACCUCAUCUUAGCAAUAGCGGGGGUUUUCAUCCUCCUCCUGGUGGUGGGCCCCCUGGAGGGUUUUGGCCCAUGGGAGGUGAACUUGGAGGCCCACCUGGAGGGUUUGGGAAUGAUUUCCCCGGCCCACCUCGGCCUAUGCCACCUCCACCAUCUCUUUCUGGGCAGAAACGAGGGUUUCGUGCCGGUUCACCAGAGCAUUUUGAAGGGAAGAGCUUUGUUAAGCUUUUUGUGGGAUCUGUACCCCGAACAGUAACUGAAGAAGAGAUUCGACCAUUAUUUGAAGAGCAAGGAAAGGUCUUGGAGGUUGCUUUGAUAAAAGACAAGAGAACGGGGCAGCAGCAAGGUUGUUGUUUUAUAAAGUAUGCUACUUCUGAAGAAGCAGACAGGGCAAUUAGAGCAUUGCACAACCAAUAUACUUUACCUGGGGGAGUUGCUCCCAUGCAAGUUAGAUAUGCUGAUGGCGAACGUGAGCGUCUCGGUAAUGGCGCAGUUGAAUACAAGCUGUUUGUGGGGUCACUGAACAAGCUUGCUACAGAGAAGGAAGUCGAAGAGAUAUUUGCACCCUAUGGGCGUAUUGAAGAUGUAUACCUCAUGCGUGAUGAAAGGAAGCAGAGUAGAGGUUGUGGGUUUGUCAAGUUCUCUAACAAGGAUUCAGCAAUGGCAUCUAUAAAUUCUCUGAAUGGAAUAUAUACCAUGAGAGGUUGUGAUCAGCCUCUAAUUGUCCGGUUUGCUGACCCGAAGAGGCCUAGGGCUGGAGAACCAAGGGCCGGUCCUGCUUUUGGAGGUCCAGGUUUCGGUCCUUCUCCAUCACCAAUGAACAGGCCAGCUUCUGGUCCCAAUUUUCCUGGUCCUAUGGGUGGCCAGGGCCCACCAAAUGCUUGGCAGCCUAUGAGUCCACAGAAUCGAGGUCCAUCUCCUAGUGGUGGUAUCCAUGGGUUUGGCAAUCAGUUUCCUCCUAGGUCUGGUGACACCGUGAUUUCGUUGACUCCUGGCGGUCAUCUUGGUCCCCAAGGAAACCGUACAGAAGGUUCUGUUGUUGGAGCUGUUUCUGCCCCUUCUGCAUCCCCAAAGAAAUUCAAUCAACCGUUUCCACAAGUGCCUCCAAGUGGCCAGCAAAUAUCACCCAUGCAGAAGCCCCUUGAGUCACCUCAGCACUUCCCACCUCCCUUACAACUACAUCAAGGGCCAGGAACGUAUCCACAGGCACCUACUUCUCAGGCUUUGAUGAGGCCUUUAAAUCAACAGAGUGGUGCUCAAAUCCCAUACAGCCAGCCUUUUUCAUCGCAGCAGCUUCACGGUUCGUCUGGACAUGUGCCUCCUGCUCAAUUUCAUGGUCAGCAGAGUGUCACAACUGCUACAGCUCUUCAACACCAGCCUAAUGCAACAUCGUCAAUGACAAAUUCCCAGCUGCCUACUUCAGCACCACAGCAACCUCCUCCUUAUCAACAAUCUCCUUCUCAGCUUACACAGAUGUUAUCACAACAGAGGCAGACUCUGCAGGCAAGCUUUCAGUCAUCUCAGCUGGCAUUCUCUCAACUUCAACAACAGGUUCAAAUGAUGCAACCAUCAAUGCAUAACCAACCAUUGCAGCAAAAUUUUCAGGCUCCAAAGUCGCAGUCACAUUGGUCUGGUGCUGUACCAACAACAGCUUCCAGUGUGCCUGCACUUGCACCGCCACCGGAGGCACCUUCCACGUCUUCUGCAUCUGCUGGAGGCUCUGGUGCUGCUAGACCAGCUCAAUCUAAAUGUAACUGGACUGAGCACACUUCCCCUGAUGGUUACAAGUACUAUUAUAACAGUGUCACUGGUGAAAGCAGGUGGGUGAAACCUGAGGAAUUGGCAUUAUAUGAGCAGCAGCCGAAAGUAGCUGUCCAACAACCACUGAACCAGCGAGGCCAACAGGCUCCUCCUAACCAGCAGGUACUCCAAUCACAACCACCCCAACUUCAAACACAGUUCCGCCACACUGAGCAGUUGCAGACUCCGCCUUUAUCAUCAAUGUACCAGGCUCCCCGAGGUGUGGGCAACUUGAUGGCUCAGGAGGCAACUUAUCCACCAUCACAGGCACCUGCCAAUUCUGUCAGUGAUUAUGGUCGCUUCCAACAGGGGGUACAGGGUGCUCAGGAUUGGUCUUGGAAGAGCAACUCUGGAGGAGCUUGAAUUUACAAGAAUUCCCAUGUCAAAAUGAUGAUCUACUCAUGGAAUGAGUCGAUGGAAUCCAUGCAAACUUUUAGCUAAAGUAACCAUCGAUGAGAAUUGCCUGGUCGCCGUGUAUGUAAAGGAAAUGCUUGGGGAGUUUUGCCCUCUUUUUGCUUAUUUAUUCAGCCUCAGGAUAUAUUUAUUUUACUUGUCUCCAGUAGUCUUGAAGAUCGCACGUUGCCAUUAUUGAAGCGGUCAUUGACAAAUAGAGGUGGAGCUUUCAUAUGGUAGAGUAUGUAGCAGUAAUUAUUUUGGUUGAAUUUUUAGAUUUGGUAGACUAGGUUGUUCUAAUCCCUACUUUGAGUGGGAAGGAGCCAAUGUAACCGCGGAAAAUGUGUACCAUAUAUUAUUGGACUUCAUCAUUCAUACCAAGCGAAAAUAAAGAGGAUUAUGAAUAUUAGCCUAA